AUGGAAGAAAAUGAUCACGGCAACAGAGACGUGGAGCGGCAGGAGUCGGCGGAUGAAUCAAACAGAGCCAUCCUUCCCCUUUUACAGGCGCCUGGAAACCUGCAGAUCCCUCACCGGGUCACCAAUUUCUUCAUCGACAACAUCUUGCGGCCGGAUUUUGGACGGAAAAAGGACGGGAGCGCAAACCGCGAAGAAAAUAGUCUGGCUUCGCGGGAGAACCACAGCCCCGCAGCACCUCGGACCGAGCCGGUGGGGAGCACGGUGCCGGCGGAGGGGACCUCCACCCCCCAUACGGUGACCGGAGCGAAGAAGCCCGCGAUAGCCGCCGAGGAGCCGCUGAAACCCCGCGGGGAGAAUGGAGAACAGUGCCUAAGCUCAGACUCAGACAGUUCCCAAGCCAGCUCAAACCAGGCAGCCGCCCAGCCUAUGCUGUGGCCAGCCUGGGUGUACUGCACCAGAUAUUCGGACAGGCCUUCAUCAGGGCCGAGAUCUCGCAAACCAAAGAAGAAAACGACCAGCAAAGAGGACAAGCGACCACGGACGGCCUUCACAGCAGAACAGCUGCAAAGACUAAAAUCGGAGUUUCAGACAAACCGGUAUCUGACCGAGCAGAGGCGGCAGAGCCUGGCGCAGGAACUGGGCCUGAACGAGUCCCAGAUCAAGAUCUGGUUUCAGAACAAGAGGGCCAAAAUCAAGAAGGCCAGCGGCACUAAAAACACACUGGCCUUGCACCUGAUGGCACAGGGACUGUACAAUCACGCCACCACGUCUAAAGACGAAAAAUCAGACAGCGAUUGA